CUCCCUAGAGGUCCAGUAAGGAUCAUCUCUUAUUGAUCCAGUGUUACUACAAGAGGAAACCUAAACUAAACUAACUUUAUUUAUACUGGAUAGUUCUAUCAGUUCUAAACUGUUCGCCUUAGGCAUUCUAAUGGAUUAUUUAGCGGAUUUCUUCUAUAAUGCGAAACAAAUAAAUAAUCCAAAAACAGAAACAUGCAUUUUACGAGUCCGUCGUCUGAUGUCGAAGUAAAACUUAAAUCACUUAUAUGGAUACUAACAUGACGUAUUUCGAAUAUUGGCACAUGGGACAAUAUGGCUGCCGCAGGAGAACAAGAAUUAUCUCAAAUGUCUUGUGAUGAUUUCACUGAAUUUAAGGUCAGGAAAUAUUUAUUUUUUCUUAUUUUAUGCUAAUUUAUAAACAAUACUACCUUAGCUACAUUAUAGCAGUGAAAUUUUAAUGUCCGUUUGAGUUUAUAAACCCUCUUAAAAUCCGUCCUAGAAAAAUGGCAUUGGGCCAUAAUGGCCAUUUGCCCAUUGGCUGUACAACAUAUUUGUCUACUCGCUGUAAAGUUUUGGGGGAAAUUAAUUUCCAGUUCAAAAUUUCUUGCAGUAAUGAAAAUCUGCGCAAAAGUUGUCAAAUUUUAGAAAAACUGCCAAAAAUUUCUUAAGACAGACUGAAAAGUUUUAUUUACUUUGCACAGGAAAUAUUUUUUCUAUUGGGAAAAGCUAGUCGCAGAGCUGAUAUAUUGGACAUUUUCUCAAAAAAGUAUGGCAGACUAGCACAUCCUGCAGUCAAAAAGCAUUUUUGUGUAAUAGGAGGAUCAGAAAUCUUCUUGGUUCUUGGUUGACAAAGGCAUUUUGUGCAGAUAAUAUUGAGCAUAGAUCGAGCCAUUUGAUUUCUAUGCAGCAAGCAACCCGUCUUUUGAAUGGUAAUAGGAAAUUUAUACAUGUAAGAUGGUGACGUCAGGACAACGGCUAUCAAUACAAUCACAUUAAUGCUAUAGCAAAAGUCCAGCGGGAUUUUAAACGUCGUCCAAGCUCAUAUUUUCACGUCUCACAUUUUCACAGCUGUUGACCGGCCACUAUCUUACAUGCAUAAACAUCCUUAAUUUCUGCUGUUUGCAACAGGGAGUGACCGAGAUAUACACUGUCAAAGCAAACUAUUGCUUCCUUAAAGCUUGCUUACAUAUAAAAUUUCCAUGGAUCAUAAAAAAAAUUUCCAAAAUUAUCAGGAAGAAUAUUAUCCGACCAAAAUGAAAUGAAUUUUUUGUUCUUUUUUUCUAGGAAGCGUUGAAAGUUUUACGAUUACUAGAUGAUAAAAUUAUUUACAGAUUGAAUAAAAGUGUUCCGACAACUUCAUUCGCUGAUGAAAUAAAUGCUGAGAAUAAAUGUAAAGAAUUAUAUACAGAAGUAUGUUUGUCUAUGUAUUGUAUGUUUGGAGACUAUAUGUUUGUGUUUCUGGUUCAUACUCAAUAUCAAUUCUACACAUCGAGUGCCAGUACUCUCCCCUUGAUGAGUAAAAUUGUCUGGCAUUAGACAGAGUAAAAUGAUAAAGUACGAUCCAACGCAACUGAAAGGGUUCUAACGCUUCGAACUUUUUACAUUUUGCAGUUAGUAAGCGCAUAUUCAACACGGGAGAAAGCUGUGAAGAAAUGUGUCAUACAAGUAUCGUCCACGAUACAGAAAUUACAAGAGAGACGAGAAGUUGAUUCUGAUAAUCCAGACAUUUUAAGACAUCUUAGAAACGAACAGACUAAGGUAAAUCUACAGACUAUAGGUCUAAAUACAUUGCCAGUUAGAUUUUUUGAAAUCCUUUUAUUUAAUACCGCUCACCUUGGCUAUAGAGCCAUAGGUGCCGUACAGUACAUUCUGGAAGUGUGCAUUUCAUGCCUCCAAAAGGUAUUUAAUAAAAAGCGAUAGAAAAGUCUAAUUUCAAGUACUUGUCACUCAUGUGGGUUUUGUUUUUUUAAAGCUGCGACUAAUGCGGUCGGAAUUAAAUGUAGAAGAGGUUGUUCAACAACGUAGUUUAAAGGUAUGCAUCUUGUAUAAUUGCUUGGUAUUACUACUGUACGUAUUUCUUUCCUGCCAGAAUUAACCUAUAGUUAACCCAUUGAGCACCAGCCCUCUCCCCUUGAUGAGUAAAAUUGUCUGGCAUUAGACAGAGUAAAAUAUAAUAAUAUAGGGUGCAGCUGGAAAUCGAACCGAGUAACUGGUUUAGCCCACAAAGCUGCGCCCUACCUUAUUACCUUACUCCGUCUAACGCCAGGCAAUUUUACUCAUCAGGGGCGAACACCGGCUCUCAAUUAACAAGUGAACAUACAUUAUUUUCCCAAGGUCUUCAAUGAAAAAUGUUGGAAAGUUUUUAAGCCGCCAUCACUUUGAUGUAACAUGAUUGGGUAAAACCUUAACUUAUAUUUUGAUAGAAAAUAGAAAUAAAAUUUUAUUUUGAAAAGAACCACUUUUGGUUUUAUAAUGUAUUGCUCGGAAUGUACAACUAUUUACUGUCGUUCCAAUUGAAGUGUUGCUCAAAUAUUGAUUCAAUACAUUACCUCGGGCUGACCAAUUCAUUUGAUCAAGUUCCUCGAGAUAUUCAUACACUUCCUAGUAUAAUUGUAAACUUCCUGUUGAAUAGUUUGAAUGCACCAAUCACCUUUGUUGUUUGUGGAACUAACCAAUCAUAAAUAGAAAGGAAGUGACCAGAAAUGAUCAAAUACUUGGAAUUGGCUCUUUCACAGGAAGUGUAUGAAUAUCUCAAGGAACUUGAUCAAAUGAAUUGGUCAGCCCGAGGUAAUGUAUUGAAUCAAUAUUUGAGCAACACUUCAAUUGGAACGACAGUAAUUUGCUUUUACUUCGAAACGUCGAAGUUCUGAUUGUAUUUUUCAGGCAGUUGUAGCUCUCACAAACCAAAGCUGUCUUGUCGUCGCUACCUACACUGGCCCAGACCGUUCGAGAUAUAUUUAAUGCAACUUCUACGUAAAUGUUGUAAACAACUUGUAAAGUGAAUCAGUUCAUAUGCAGUACAUGUAGAAACAAGUGAUGUUUGUAAUUAGCAUUUUAAGUACUCAUGCCUAUACCGGUAAUGCAUCUAAUAUGUGGUCUACGAGGCUAUAUUCUUGUGACUAAUCUUUUAAAUUUGAUCGGAUACAAAGCUAUAGUCUAUCAAUGUAACACAACUACAGCUUUGAAAUAGUUUAAAUUAGGUUUAUUUGCCAUUUUGAACAUCAAUGAAUGUAUAAUGUGUUAAAGUUCCCUAAACAUUAAAAAUAUUCAAUUUCAUCAUCGGCAGUCUUGUUCAGUUGUAUGCCACUGAGCUCUGCUGGCUGUCCAGUGUGCGGCAGAGGUUGAUACACACGGAGAUGAACAUAUUUGUCACAACCUACAUCAACCUGAAAAAAA